UUGACACUAUCGACAAUUUUUUUUUUAAGCAACAACGAAGCGACUGUUCUGUAAACUGCGGCCAUUUCUUAUGCCGACGGUUUUAGUAUAGUUUUAGUUGUUUGUGAGAUAAAGAAUUUUCUGUUUUGUAAACGGGACAAAUUCGGAACUCUCUUGACUGGCUUGCUCGGCAGUUGUAUAUUUUCAGGAUGGACCCAACAAGUCGAUACCAAGUGCUGCAUAACGAGGAUGACUCCUCUGAGGCCUCCGGCAGUGAGCAGCAGCCCUGUGCCACCCCCCAGGCUGGACCGUCGCAGGGCCAAAGCCAGACACAGAGCAGCGUGCUACCUGCCCCUCCACCAGCAGAAGCUGGGGGGGCAGAUGCACCUCCGCCCCCUUAUGCCCAUAUUGACCUGGGUGCAACUGCCGCGGUGCAAGAGACGAGUUUCCAAAGUGACUUCCCAGUGCCACCACCUUAUAGUGUGGCCACUUCGUUGCCCACAUAUGAUGAGGCGGAAAAAGCAAAAGCCGCCGCCUUGGCUGCUUCCACUGUGGAGGUGAUUUCACGGGAGGAUGAAUUUCUUCCCAGAGAUGAUUUCAACGAUGCUGACCAGCUGCGAGUUGGGAAUGAUGGAAUCUUCAUGCUGGCCUUUUUUAUGGCCUUCUUGUUUAACUGGAUUGGCUUCUGUUUGUCCUUCUGUUUGACCAACACCAUUGCAGGGCGCUACGGCGCCAUCUGUGGCUUUGGCCUCUCCCUCAUCAAGUGGAUUCUCAUUGUCAGGUUCUCUGACUACUUCACUGGUUACUUCAAUGGUCAGUACUGGCUGUGGUGGAUCUUCCUGCUGCUCGGUCUCUUGCUGUUCUUCAGGGGUUUUGUCAACUACCUAAAGGUCCGCAAUAUGACUGAGAACAUGGCCUCCUCACACAGAACACGCCUCUUCUUCCUGUAUUAACAAGGGUUCCGCCCCAUCGCCAUUCCCUUCCAUUGAGAAAUCCUACAACCACCACCCACCCCCACCCUCGAAUGACCUGCCAGGCCAUUGUUGCAGUGAAGAGGAAGAAGGGCAGUAAAGUAAAUGUACAGAGGCAGGUACAGUUGAAAUGCAUAGCAAAUAGAUGUAGAUUGUAGUUGUGCCGGCCAGCCAAUGAACUAUUCUGAUCAAGUCUUACUCCAUCCAGGAUGUAGCACUGUCACUUGCAGUGGCACUGCCUACAUCCUUAACAUCUUAGUCACUUUCACGUCGGUCAAUUUUGGGCUAUUCAUAAAUGUGCAUGUAGGAGCAGGUUACAUAUCCCGUGGUGGUUUACCAUGGAAGACUGAACAUUAAUCAGAUUUUUGGCAUCAGACAGUUGAAUUUGACCCGAGUCCUUUUGAUCUUAGGUGAACAAAAUAGCAUUUUAGCAUGUAAUGGUUAACAGGAUGAAUUUCAGGAUUUUAUUCCUGCCCUAUGCAGCACCAGCCAGGCAAUUAAACUGGAGGAGGGCUACUCUCACUGCUGUCAUUUCUGACACGAAUAAAAAGAAAAAAGAUCUGACCAUCAGCUCUGGUCGUGGGUGUUCUCACGGGUGAUCAUCAAGCAUUGAGGGGAAAAAAAUGAAACUAAAAAGCUUCUGAGCCAUAUUGUGCUUCAGGAGUACUUGUUAGACAUGGCCAGAAAGCAAGAAAGUUUUACAAGUCCUAUGCAAUUUAGUUACCUACAAUAAUAGUUGUGGAUUAUGAAGUUAUGGUCAUGAUUGAUGCGGAAGGUUGGCAAUACAACUAAAAAUUUCACUGGCCAUGCAUUUAACACGGAUAUUGCUCUGUAGUAUUAUUACUAUAAAUGUCUGUCCUUUCUUUUCAAGGAAGUUUUUGUGGCAAUGGGAACAAACCAAAUGACAUGAACACCUACUAUUUGCUAGUUUGUACUUUAAAAAAAAAAAAAAAAAAAAGAGAAAAAAAAAUCUGAUGCCAUUGCUCAGUGUGUUGAGAGCAAGUGAUGAGCUGAGCCUGUCUGGACAAAGUCAACAUCAACCUGAAAAUCAAAUGUAAAUACCAGCUUAAUACCAAUUCAUAUUUGCACUUUGAAUUUCUGUACAGUGUAAUUUGAGUCUGCUUAAAUUGAUGUGGUGGUGGAGCAGUUGAAAAAUUAGAACUGCUUUCCAUGUUUUUCAACUUGAAUUCUUAAUUAUGUGAAAUACUGCUGUUUUGUUUUUUCCAUUUUCUUUUGCACUUUUUACUUUUCACACAGAUUCUUUUCUCUUUCUUUUCUCAUCUGAACUGUGACUCUUUAAGUAUUGCCAAACUUAUAAUCGCCUUUUUCCGCCCUCAGCCUUUUUCAGCGAUAUCCAAAUUUGCUGCAUGAUUUAUGUGCUUGAAUGAUUAGCAGGGAUAUCAGGAGUCCACCGUUUAUUUACAAAGCCAUGAACCAGUACAAAGAACAAAUGAAAUUAAAUAGCACUCAUUUUGUUGUUGCUUUAGCAAAUAUAACUUGUCAUUUAUUGUAACUGGAAUUAAUUGAUGUAUUGGAAAAUGCCAAUAAAGUUUGAAAACAAA